AUGAGCUACUCGGCGCAGUUCCCGUCCGUCAUGUCGCCUGUCGAUUCGAGUAUCCACCUCACCGAAAACGGCUCGCCAAAGUCGAGCCUCUUCCUCCCCGUCCCGCCCUCCCCGUUCGGCUCGCCCAGGUCAGCCUCAGCCAUGGCAGCUCCCAUCCCCAUUUCCCGACCCGUCUCGCGAGGAACGACCCCUUCGCUCAGCCGGCACAACAGCCAGCGACACCACCCUUACUCUGCUUCGCCUGCCUCCUUCGUCGAGACGCCACUCUUCCGUCCCAGGUCUGCCGCGAGCGCGAGCGCGAGCGACUACAGCGAGUGGGACUCGGAGGCGAGCGCCGCGACGUACGAUUUCUACGGGUCGUCAGUCGAUUCGUACUGCACCACGCCGGCGACGAGCUGCGAUACGCCUUCUUCCCAGCUCCCUGUCCCGCCUUCGACGAGCGCAGGGUACGAGGAGUCGCCUUUCGUCGUCGGACGCCAGCCUCGGAUCGGAAGGGGCGGCAAGCCCGUCAAGUCGCACACUCGCAAACUCGAGCCGGGGCACAUCAAGCGCCCUCCGAACGCCUUUAUCCUCUUCCGCUCGCACUGCUGCCAGCCCGACUCGUCCUCCUCGCUCGACCCGUCGAAGCCCGAGCCGCCUGGGACCGCUCACGCCCGCCACCUGGCUUCGCUCGAGAUCAACAACAGCCAGCACAUCUCGGUCAUCGUGAGCCAGGUCUGGAAGGGCUUGUCGGCCAAGGACAAGUCGUACUGGGAGGACAAGGCGCGCAUCGCAAAGGAGGAGCACCAGCGCCUCCAUCCCGACUACAAGUACCGCCCGCAGCAGCGCAUGCGCGACUCGGCCGGCAAGAAGAAGCGCAGGGACAUGCGCGACGUCAAUGAGCAUCGCGAGGCGUGCAACGAGGUCGCGAGGCAGGUCCUCGAGAUCGAACGCGAGCGGAGGAGACGGAACGGCUCGACGGAGGACGAGGACGAGGAGUUCACGCCCGCGGUCGCGCCGUCUCCGCAGCCCAAGAAGAAGAAGUCGCCGCGAGCGACGAGGACGUCUGCGCGCUCGACUCGGUCCAAGGCAAAGGAAAAGGCGACGAGCGUCCCGCAGUACCCGUCGCCGGAAGGCAUCUUCGACCUCGAGCUGCCCGACCACCGCACCGCUAUCGACGCGACCGUCUACCUCCCGCCUUUUGAGGCGCCGUCUCGUCCGCACACGGCACACAACUGUGACCAGACAGUCUCGCCUGUCGACGUUCCGCCUUCGGUCUCGCCUCAGCACGUCUCGGCGCAGGUCCUCAACUCGCCGGAAGGCCAGUUCAGCUACAUGAAUCAACUCGACGCCUUCUUCGCCCAGUCGCAGUCUCUGCCGUCGUCAGCGUCAUUCUCCAUCGACCCUCGAAUUGCAUCGGCGCCGUCAUCUCGUCCUGCGACCGCUCUCGCGCAGCAGUCGUCGAUGGAGCCGAUCUUGUCCAAUCCUUUCGCCUCGCCACCGCCUUCCUCCGCGCCCAAGACGGCCUCGACGUUCGUCCUCCCGAACCCGCAGAGCCCAAAUCGCCCCGCGACUGCAGCCGCCUCCGCCUCGCCGUUCGAACAGCUGCAGAACUACACCCUCGGCGGCGCAUUGCCGGCUGCACCUCGUACGGCGAACCCGGACGUCCCCGUCUCGCCCUUCGACGCUCGCUUCGCGCACUCGGAGCGCCCGGCUCCGCUUCCCAUCGACGCUCUCAAGCAACGACGAGGCACGCUGCGGGCGAGCACGCUCAACGCUGGACGCGGCGACUUGAUGCUCAUGCAGCCCAUGACGACGAUGUACAACGGCCGCCGGCAGUCGAUCGGCUGGAACACGGGCGUGCGGCGACUCAGCGCGACGGCGAUGGGACAGUACGGCGACGAGGCGCCUCCGACUCCGCGGGCGCCGUCUUUUACCAGCAGCGCGCUCGCGACUGGCGUCCUCUCGGCGACCGAGACCUUCGAAACGUUCUCGUUCCCGCACGGCCUCGUCGAGUCCCUCCCGACGGAGGAGCCUGACGUGACCGCCGAGUUCUUCGCCCAGUUCUCGAGCGCCGUUCCCGUCUCUGGUCUUGUCGACGGCGCGGAUCUCCCGGAAAACAGUCGCCCGUCGACUGCCGACAGCGACUGGUCGGACGCAGGCGUCGAGCGCCUCGACUUUGACCUUCCCGCCCAGUACCUCGAGCGUCGGCGGUCGACCCUCGUUCCGAGCAAGUUUGCAACGGCCUUGUCGAGUGUCUCGCCGCCCUCGCCCUCAGGCUACCACGUCGGCUCAACCGACUUCUUCAUGCCGCCGCCCUCGGCUCUCUCGACCGCGCCCACCUCUGCCGUCGCUUCUCCUGGACCGUCCGAGGCCCCCUACGCAUACCCGGCCGCCGCAGGCUUCUCCCCCGACGUCGCUUCCGGCAUCACCGUCAACGCCGAGGACUGGCUCUCCGGCGCCGCGGCCAACAUGCACGUCACGGAAGAAGCGGCGUCUCGUGGAGCUGCACUCUCGGUCAUCCAGGAGCGCCUCCUCCAGCAGCAACAACCCGAGUCGAACCAGCUCUUCUCUGGCAUGACCACGAGCACCGAGCCGUCGACGGACUGCGAGUAUGUCUUCUUGACGAUGGACCAACUCCAGGACGCCGAGUUGAUGGCCAAGAUCCACCGUCACGGCUUUGGCAUCGCCUUCGAGCCGGCUCCUGCUGCAGAGGCCAGCUUCCCCUCGACGCCCUUCGCACACUCGCCCCACAACGCUCACUCCGCCGCCUUCUAG